AUGACGCUCCAUUACCCGAAACUACCUGUGCAAGAACAUUCGAACGCGUUCUGGUCCGACCCAAAUGACAUGCCACAUCUUGCAGUGCUUCUUCUAAAUGCUACAUAUGAUUCUUGGCACGUGCCCACGAGUGGUAUGGGGUCACACAGCGCUGAGCUGUUUUGGAACAUGUGGAGCCAUGCGCGACUCACGGUAUGCGCCGACGGUGGCGCUAAUCGUCUAUUUGAUCGUAGUGUGAAUAUUAAAGCGCAGGAACUUGUCAAACUUCAUUACAUAAAAGGUGACCUGGACUCAUUGCGUGAUGAUGUUCGUGAGUUUUUUAUUGCCAAAGGAACGACGGUCCUGAAGGAUCCGGAUCAGAAUACGAACGACUUGGACAAGUGUUUGCAAUUGGUCUUUCAAUUACAGGAGGAAAUGUACAAGCACCAAGAUACGUACAGUCGUUUCACUGUCAUGAUCUUUGGAUCCAUGGGUGGACGUUUUGACCAGGAGAUGCAGAACGUCAACGCGUUGUUCCGAUGGAGAGACAAAUUCCAACAGAUGGUGUUGAUGUCAGAGAAGACUACAGUCAGGUUACUAAUGCCGGACAUUCGACAUGUCAUUACACCUAAUUUCGCCUUUGAAACGCGUACGUGCGGUUUGAUUCCAAUUGCGGGAACGUGUAAGGAAACAGCGACGUCGGGAUUGAAGUGGAAUCUGAGUCCCGGGAUGGAAACAGGCUUUGGUGGUCUCAUUAGUAGCUCUAAUUACGUGGAAGAUUUGAGUAAUCAGGUGGAGGUAGUAACAUCGCAUCCACUUCUUUGGACAACAGAGCUAAAGAAGAAGUAG